UCAUUAUCGACACAUUUGUAGAUCCACCACAUGCAUACUAUAUAUAUCCUCUAUGAGGGACUCUAUCUUACACAAAUAAGUUCCUUUUAUCAUUCUCUGUGAUAUAGUAUCAUCUUUCCUUCUUCCGGUUCCAUAACCAUGGCUGCACAAAAUGCUAUAUGCAUUUCGGUUUCCGAGGUCAAAACCGAACAGCAUGGUCCAGAGGACGAGUUUGACUACUCACAAAGGGGACAGUGGCUGCGUGCUGCUGUUCUUGGAGCUUCUGACGGUCUAGUUUCCGUAGCAUCUCUGAUGAUGGGUAUCGGAGCUGUUAAACAUGACGUGAGAGCCAUGAUUCUUACAGGGUUUGCUGGCUUAGUAGCUGGUGCGUGCAGUAUGGCGAUUGGUGAGUUUGUUUCAGUCUACUCUCAACGUGACGUUGAGGUAGCUCAGAUGAAGAGAGACAAUAGAACCGCUGGAAACAACAAUGAGGAGAUUAGUGAGAAGGAAGCACUACCGAAUCCCAUUCAGGCUGCUGCAGCAUCUGCCAUUGCGUUUAUAUUGGGGGCCAUGGUGCCGUUACUUGCUGCUGCAUUUAUUGUGGACCAUACGGUUAGGCUGGGCGUGGUUGUAGCCACAGUGAGCCUUGCGCUUGUGGUUUUUGGGUGGAUUGGAGCUCUUUUUGGGAGGACUCCGGUUGUGAAAUCUUGUUUCAGGAUUCUGGUUGGCGGUUGGAUGGCUAUGGCCGUUACUUUUGGGUUGACCAAGUGGAUAGGGUCUACUGGUCUGUAGUGUCGCAUCAGUUUGUAUUUUUUAUCUUGCUAUAACAUGCUUGUUGUGGAUAAAGCUUUGAUUGUGUUCUGAUCUGCUCUUAGUGAUCUUCAAUGAUCCUAGGGCCUGUCUUGAAUAAAUUGGAAACCUUUAUCUUA